UGAUUGUACGCCAGAUAGUUGUUUGAUAUGAUUUGAUAGUACAGUUUGUACAAAGUAUUUUUUACUGGCUUAUAAUGAAGUAUGAAAUAGUGGUCCACAUAAUACUAAUCGUAUCAAUAGUGAGAUCGUUGGCCAACAGAGAUUGCAGUCAAAUAUCAAACAGUGAUUGCGUCGAUAAUACUGUGAACACAGAGUGCGAGACAUGUCUUCGCAAUCUUCGGUCACCACAACGUUAUGGUAAACGUAUGGAUGACACCAAUGGUCUGGAGUCACCCACCGGUUCCCAUUUAGUAGUUAUGUAA